AUGGGAGCCAAUCUGAGCGAGUUUCAGUAUGAGGAGUUGCAUUUGUCAAACCCAAAAACAUGGCGAGUUAGUCAGUUGAAGGAGUGGUUGACCGUGAAUUUCGGGCUUAAUCCCGAAGCAUACACUGUUGGUGUGCAUGCUUUGUGGAGAAGCUCAAGUACCCAGAUUUUCUGGCGGUUGAAGCCGAUUGAGCGGACCUCUCAGUGGGUGCACUGGUUAGAAGCGUGCGAGCGCAGGGGAACUCACCCCAUCGCCUUAAUGCUUCCCGACGCGAAGGAGGUGAAUUCCCAGGAAGGCGAGGGUGAGUUCCAUCCAGGACAGAGCAGUCAAAGUUCUGAUGCUGGCGGCAGCAGUUUCCAAUCCGGGCAGAGUAGCCAUGCAGCUGGUGGUCAUGACGAUGACAACGAGGAGGAGGAUCCGAUCCCCUCUUCUUGGAACCAUGAUUUGUCGGAGGCAAUGAUAGUGGAUGAUCGACACGAUUCUGCCUGGGAGUACAACAUGAACACCAUCUCAAUUGGUGCUAGAUAUGCUGACAAGAGACAUCUGCAGGAAGCAAUCACUCAGUGGGCAAUGAACACACAAAGGGUAUUCAGAACCACCGUUUCAAGUCAGAAAUUCUUGACAGUGGUCUGCAGCGAUGCUAGAUGUCCAUCAAGGGUGCAUGGGUACUGUUCGAAGUAUGACACAACAUGGAUUGUGAGCGACUUCGUGCCGCACACCUGUGUCCUUAAGAGUAUGUUGAAGGAUCACCGAAACCUUACAUCCACUCCGCUUGCUCGCCUGUUCUACAAGGAGAUUGUAGAGAAUACAAUGAUGGGGGUUAAAGCCAUCCAGAAAAGAGUUCACCUUCAAUAUAAGUAUGAAAUUGAAUAUGGCAAGGCAUGGAGGGCUAAACAGACGGCACUGGAGAACAAAUUCGGGACCUUCUAUGAUGCUUACGACGGUGUCGUCCGUCUCCUGCAGACAUUGAAGGACCGGAAUCCGGGCACCCAUGUGGACAUACAAGACUUUAUGAUACCAAAGUUCCCUAAUGUCAGGGAUCUGCACAGGGUGUUUUUCGCAUUCAGCAUAUGCAUCGAGGCCUUCAUGCACUGUCGUCCGGUGAUGUGUGUAGAUGGAACUUUUCUCACUGGGAGGUACAGGGGUCAGAUUCUGACAGCCAUUGGAGUGGAUGUCAACAAUCGAAUUGUGCCUCUCGCAUUUGCAUUUGUUGAGAGCGAGAACACUACUAGCUGGUUAUGGUUCUUCAGGCAGUUAAAAAAAUCGAUAGUGAAAGAUCGCCCAAAUGUGUGCGUGCUCCAUGACAGGCAUGCAGGUUAG